AGAGUGUCUCCUAUCUCGCAAGCCGUAGUCAUAGAGUCAACAGCUGAUCUGGGUGGAAGACUCCCACAACUCACUUCCCUCGGUGUCCACUGGGUUGUCUCCUUUCCACUUUUUACACGGUUAUCCACCUACUCUUUUUCCAUCCAUAGACUCAAACCCGUCCAUUCCAUCAUUGUAAGGUGCUACAAGAGAACCUGGGAGCAAGCCCGUCAGAUGCUACUAUGCACACACUCCUAUAAGGCUGCCGCGGACCGUCGGAGGGCACUGGCACCAGUUUACAGGCAUGCCGCGGUCUUUCCUUGUAAAAAAGAAACAUGGAGUUUUUCGAGCAUGGCAAUGGAAAACGUCAGGGCAGACUGAGUGGAGAGAAAAUAAUGCAGAUGUGAGUAAGGACGAGCGACCAUGGAGUUUUGAUGCUCAAGAGUGUACCACAAUACCUCAGCCAGAAUUUACUUUCAAAUGGAGGACAGCAAUUCAAAUGAAAGUGCCAACGACUUUGUCGGACUCCAGAGGAAUAGCUCCUGACCACAUGCACGACCGAGGCACAAAAAUGCCUCAGGGCCCCUUCUAUGAUCCCACUACACCGGCACCAGUCGGGAAAGAAAAGCCUCAACCCCCCAAUUUUCCUGGUUCCAGUAGUUUUGUGUGCUCAGUGUGCUACAAGAUGUUCCCCCUGCAGCGCAUACUGAUUCGCCACAUGAAGUGUCAUAGCUUGGUAAAGCGACAUCCUUGUCGAUAUUGUGGCAAAGGAUUUAAUGAUACUUUUGACCUAAAGAGACAUAUGCGCACACACACAGGUAUACGACCUUACAAAUGUGAGCUUUGUGAGAAGGCAUUCACACAACGCUGCUCUCUGGAAUCUCAUAUGAUGAAGAUUCAUGGCAUUCACCAACAGUAUGCUUACCGCCAGAGGCGUUCGAAGAUCUUUGUGUGUGAAGAAUGUGGUUACACGGCAAGUUGCCCAAAUGAGUACUUUGUCCAUUUAAGACAAUGCCAUCCCAGCAGUCCUACUCUCCGCAGGUACUAUCGCCAUAAACCACAAAACAACAGCUAUUUUGUAUCUGAAAAUCCUGAACCCAGUCACAUGGUGUACUCUACAUUUUACAUGUAA